AUGAUAGCGCUUCAAAAUUUACCUUUUAGCUUUGUGGAAGGACUUGGAUUUCGUCGUCUCAUACAAGAGUUAGCACCGAAGUAUAAUUUUAGGGGACGAAAUUUUUUUACUGAUUUCGUGUGCAAUGAGCUAUACAUAAAACUUGCUGCAAAAGUUAAAGAAUUAAUUGAAAAAUAUGAUUAUAAGUCGUUCACUACUGAUAUUUGGACAGAUCCCAGCUCAGGCGUUUCUUUGCUUAGCCUAACUUGCCACGGAGUAUCAGAAAACUUUGAACGAUCGUCAAUUGUGUUAAAAUGCGAAACUUUUGAUGACCGUCAUACUGGUGAUAUCAUUGCAGAAAAAUUUAACACAAUGCUUGCUGAAUGGAAUAUUUCAAAUGAAAAAGUGCAUUGCAUGAUACGAGAUGAAGGCUCUAAUAUGAAAAGAGGGAUGCGAUUAGCAUUGCUAAAUGAUUUAGAUUGUACCGUUCAUAAGUUACAAAUCGUUAUACGGCAUGGUUUACGAUCGCAGGAAUGCAUAGAAGCCGUCAAACAAAAAUGUAAGAAAAUUACUUCUCAUUUUAACCAUUCCACCAUUGCUCAAAAGCAACUUGAAAAAAUUCAAGACAGACUUAAUCAAUCACAUCUUAAAGUAUUCCAGGAUUGUGUGACGCGCUGGAACAGCACAUUCUACAUGUUUGAGCGUUUUAUGAAGAUAAAAGAUGCAUUAAGUCUUUAUGCCAAUGAUCAUAAUAUUGAAUCAAUUUUGCCUGAAGAGUGGAAAGUAAUAGAAUGCUGUCUUGAAGUAUUGAAACCGUUUGAAGAAGCCACUCCGAAAUUUUCUUCUUUGGAAGAUAACAACUUAUAUGCAAUUUCCACAUAUUUAGAUCCUCGCUAUAAGCAUAAAUUUUUCAAACCAGUCACCGAAGAAAAAAUAAAAGAUGAAAUAAUAAAGAUGGUGAAUGAUCCUGUCGUGCCUGAUUCUCCUAAGUCGCCGGCGGAAAAAACAAAAAGAAUGAGAAUGGGAGAUUCUCUCGAUCCUGAACCAGGAACAUCCAGUAAUGAGUAA